ACCUUCUUGAUAUUUACUAAAAUGGUAAGGAAUUUAAGCCCUAGAACCGAUUACUGUAUUGGCGGACUAAUACUACAGCUGGUGGGCAGCCAAAUGCAGGCGAAAACAUGUUGGGAAAAUUCAUAAGGAAUUCGUUGACUGGGGGUUUGCUCGUUAGCCGAAGUGAAGAAUCUUAUGGAAGGUAAUUCGUUAACCGAGGGAUCACUGUAUAUGUUAGUUGAACGAAAGGUGUUCUCUCUCUCUCUCUCUCUCUCUCUCUCUCUCUCUCUCUCUCUCUCUCUCUCUCUCUCAUCUUACUGUGGCAGUAACACCUAGUAAGGUAUUUUGCCUGUAUAUACAGUAUACAUACUUCAAUAAAUUUCACUUGCUUUUCAUUUGUCGUUUCUUUUCAUUACCCAACUUGUACUAUUUACAGAGUAUUUUAAUGGUAGGGUGAGGUAGUUAUGAAGUGGGUUAGAGGUGUUUAUUUAUUUAAUCCUAACCUAAUCACCUGUGGUUUGGCAAAAUCACUAAUCUGGCACUGCUCAGGAACCAAUCAGACCGGAUUUGAGAUGUACGGUAGUUCAAUGGUGGAUAUUAAUAGAUAUUUGGUCGUUUUACAGUACUGUACAGUAUCUAUUUAUUUAUUUAUUUUUUAUUUUUUUAAUGGACAUGGCCAUGUACUGUAACCUAUGUGCCUUUAGUGUUUAUUACUGCACUGUCUAACAACUAACAUGAUUAACAGUGAUGGUCUAUGAUGGGUCGAGGGAGGCGUCUGGCCCUUGGCAUCUUUGUCCUGCUGGUGGUCGACGUCAUUUGGGUGGCUUCAUCAGAAUUGUCGGAGUAUAUCUUCAAUGAUACCGGCUUCAAUAAACCUUUUUUCAGUACAUACUUAAAGACCAGUAUGUUUUCACUAUAUUUGCUGGGAUUUAUAUUUUGGAGCCCCUGGAGACACCAAUGUGCCCAAAGAAACCACGAUGAGAGCAUUUACCAGGAAGUGGAUUCAAUGGAGGAUGAAGAUUUACCGCUGUCAGACGUUUGCUCUUGCAGACGAGAGACAGGCGCACCCCUCCACCUGUGCCCAUCUUCACUUUGGACCAGCUGGCAUCUAGUGUUGCGAGAGACAGUGAUGCGAAUGCUCAACUGACACAUUUGGUCCUGUGGCACUAUUUACCCAUUCAACAAGCUAGAACGAUUUAUAACAACAAUGAUGAAAAGGUGUCUCUAAAUUAUUUUUGCCAGUCUGUCACGAGCCUGGGCGCUCGGGAUCUCGCAUAGCUUGAGGCAUCUGUUCACGCUUCCAUUUCACACAAGCUACUAUUAAUUUGUU